CUAUUGUACAUAGAGAGAGAGAGAGAGAGAGAGAGAGAGAGAGAGAGCACUAUAAAUCCCUAAAAAAUUGUGGGAAAAUUCGGAGCUCUCGAGCGAAAUUAGUGGUUCGUCGGUGGAUUUGGGGGGAGGAGUAGGAGAUUAAGGGAUCGGAAAUGGGAGAGGAGCCAUCGAAGGAGUCGGAGGUGGAGGCGGCGAAGGAGGAGAAGGCGCACGAUAGCCCCAAGGACGUCGUCCCCGUGGAGAAGGUAGCAGAUGCUCCUUCUCCAAAGAAAGCCCCAGCAAGUUCAAAGGAUAGAGAUGCUGCUCUUGCGCAAGUAGAGUUGGAGAAAAGAAACUCUAUAAGUAGGGCGUGGGAGGACAACGAGAAGACCAAAGCCGAGAAUAAAGCUCAGAAAAAUAUGUCAUCUAUUCUCUCAUGGGAGAACACCAAAAAGGCAGCUGUGGAAGCCAAAUUGAAGCAAAAUGAGGAAUCAGUAGAAAGGAAGAGAGCGGGGUACGCGGAGAAGAUGAAGAACAAAGCAGCGAAGAUCCACAAGGAAGCGGAGGAGAAGAGAGCGCACGUGGAGGCCAAGCGCAGGGAAGAGGUGCUGAAGGCGGAAGAGGAGGCCGCAAAGCAUCGCUCCGCAGGCACCAUUCCGAAGAAGAUCCUCGGCUGCUUCAGUGCCUGAAUGCAAACAGGCGAAGUGUAUAGUUCUGUUGUAUCUCCAGGAAUUGUGUGGUUGUUGUGUGGGGAUGUGUAGAUGGUGGGAGUUUUGAUUUGAGAUUUGUGAGUCUAGUAGUUUGUAUUUAAAGUUUGUUUGUCUGUGUGUGCAGAUAUAGAAAUAAUUUUCCUCGAAUAAAUAGAUUGUGUGGGGUUUUUUAGCAAACUAGUAAUAAUGUUCAUUA